GUUAAUUUUCCGGCGCUUUUUUUAAAAAAAACUUUCGAAGUUUUUGUUAGCUUUAAGUGUAGUUCGACAUCAGCUCAAAUUUAGGUUAUCCUUCAAGGCAUUUUCGAAUUCAGUGGCAAAACGCUCAUAAGAUCACUGCAAUCCAGCUAUCGUUUUAUCAGUGGAAAUUGUCUUAUUAUUUUGAGAGAAGCCGAAGCGUGUGCAGUUUUUUGUUUUGCGUUUGCUGUUUGGACUGGACGAAGUGGAUCUUUCGAUUUUCUUUGGAAUUACGGCAUUUAAUAUUUAGGUUUUACUGUCUGCGUUUAUUUGAAUUUAUGAUCUCGUAAUAAUAUCAUUUGCUAUCUGGGUUCUUUUGUCCGAUCUGUCGGAGCUCGCCAAAACUUCGGAACCCGUGGAAUAUUUUUGAUUGUCCACUAUCAUUUCUUCGCGGGCCCGUUUCAUUUUGUUAGACAGGCGGCGUUCGGUUUACACGGGUUGACAGAAUGGCUGCACAGAGCGCCGAUGCAGUUGGCACGUUGUACGAGUACUACAUGGCGAUUGAUGGAGCGGCGGAGGAUCAGAAAGCUACGACAGAAAAUCGCGAUAAAUAUGCGUACAUCCUGUCCGCGGUGUACAUCAAAGACAAUGACGGCGCACGCCAGCUGAGCGCUGAUUUUAUCGGGCGUCUUUUCAAGUUCUUCCCAAAUGAAACAGAGCGCUCUGUACAGGCUCUGGGCCAACUGUGUUCUGAUGCCAAUCCAGCGAUAAGAAAAAAAGCGGCGGAAACACUCGUGGAGGUGUGCAACCACAAAGUGGAGUACGUGAAACGCGUCGCGGAUCUGCUCGUGCAGUUAUUCAGCAUUGCCGAUGCCAGCGAGAGCAAAGGGUACCAGCAGUGUUUGAUCAAGUUGCUGCAGAUUGAACCGCGUCAAGCAUUGGAAGGUAUUCUCGAUCAAGUUGUUACUGGCGAAGAACAAAUUCGGCAACCGGCCAUUAAAUUUCUGCGCAAUAAACUCGGCGAAAUUCCCUCGUCGGCCAACAAUUCGGAAUUGGCCAAUUUCUUGAUUCAAGAGUACAAAAAGAUCAUACCGGAUGCGACCCUGGAUGAGCUGGAACAGCUGAUCAUGUCGCUGUUCAAUAUGAAAGUAUUCCAGACUGUGAACGGGACACAGCUGCUUGUGGGACUGCUCACCGACCUGGCCUCCAAUGGACCACCUUUCGGAAUAAAAACCACCGAACAGAAAGAACGCACGAUCACCUGCUGCCGCUUAUCGUUGCCUUCCUUCGGCCGCGUCAUCAAUUCGACUAAGCUAGUGGAAUAUUUCUGCGAGCAGAUCAUUCCCUACGUGAUCCCAGAUGCCUCCGAGGCGUCGCUUCCUACCCUGCAGGUGUUUGCUGAAUUGUGCAGCUCGGUGGGAGAGCUGCAAAACUAUAAAGAUAAUUUGCGCGUUGUCAUGUCCAAAUUGCUGGAAUUUUUGCCACCGAUUGGGGAGUUAGCUGACCCAGAAACGUUACCGACUUUGGAAUUUUCGGCUGUUGAGUGUCUGUUAAGCGCUUUACAUGCACUGGGCAAACGCCAUCCACAGUUUUUUACGGAGCCUGAACAGGCUGAUGCAUUUAAAGAUCUGCAGCAGAGAUUGCAGUACUUCAACAGCUGUAUGCAGUUGCACAUGCAGAAGUUUGCCGGCGCCGCCCAGAAGCUAAAUACUGUGGAUGCUGAACUGAAAAAAGCGGAAACAUUGCGCCGGAUUACAACCAAUAUUAAGGCUCUGAUUCUUGAUCUCUGUCGAAAUCCUCCUCAUUUCAAGGCUCCGGUUCAUUUCUCCUGGAAAAAAGAGAGCGCAGGCGGGGAUAAAGCUCAACACGCUCGAAUUGAAAGUGUCGUGUCCACGAAGCGGAAGACCGAUGAAUCCAAUCCAGUGAUACCAGGGAAAAUUCGCACAAAAUACGCUCCUGGAACUGGGCGUAUCACUGCAGUAGCUGGACGAGCCGCUAAUAAAACUUCAACACUGCGACCUGUAGCAUCCGCAGCCGAUCAAGCGAAACUGGAUGCCCGCGCAAAAAGAUUUGGAACGGGUGCCGCAGCUGCUGCAGUGGAACCUACUCGUACUAAACGGAAGCCAAUCGUGUAGCCGAAAACUGCAGAAAGCUUUUUAUUAGCAGCGACAGUGAUCGUUCGAGCGUUUUGCGGGAUCUGCAGUGUUAUCACUACAAGGGUCUUUUGUUAACAAGAUUUCGCGUUGAUGUGUAUUAUUGUUAUCAAUAUCUUGAUUUACUGGUCAACAUUUUGUUGCUGUUGUUUAUGUGUCCAAGUACUAAUUGACCUUGUUUUAAAUCCCAUGUUAAUAGGUCGUAAAUUUCAAGCAAAAUUUGAGGCGCACGCAAUGCAUUUGUGCGGAUUGUAGGCCAAUGUUAUUGUCACUAUUGUAUACAAUAAAAUUAUA